CCAGGAUGAACAAGCCCUUGUCAAGUACUGCCUCUACAGCGCAGGCCAUGGGUUACCACUCACCAAGGCCCAACUCCUGGCAUUUGCCACCGCCAUUAGGAGGAAGAGAGACCCUACCACCACCAAGCUCCUCUGCAGGAGAUGGUGGCGGAACUUCCGCCAGCGUCACCGUGGCAUUCUCACCAUGAGGGCGCCGGACAACAUCGACUGAGGUCGAGCCUCGUGUGCCAGGGAGAAAAAUGUGGGGCAGUUCUACGAACUACUAGGAAAGACACUGGAAGAGAACGGGCUGAGGGAGAAACCCCGACAGAUAUAUAACUGUUACGAGUCGGGGUUUCAGAUGGACAAGAGCAGGGACAGGGUGCUGGUCAAGAAGGGGUGCAAGCACCCCUACAAACAGGCACCCGGCACCAGGGACCACAUCACGGUGCUGGCGUGCCUGAACGCUGCUGGAGGCGACAUCCCCCCCUUUGUUAUCUAUGGGAAUGGUUUCCCAGGGGGGGCCUACACCACAGGAGCACCCCGAGGGACCUUAUUUGGCAAGAGUCCCUCGGGGUACAUAGACUCAGAACUGUUCCGGCGUUGGUUCCAGGACCACUUCAUAAAACAUGCCGUGAGGGAGCGCCCCCUGCUCCUCAUCUUCGAUGGACACAAGAGCCACCUGGACCUGGAGGUGAUCAACACAGCCAGAAGGGAAGGUGUCGUGCUCCUGUGCCUGCCACCACAUCUCUCCCAUGUCCUGCAACCGCUCGACGUGGGAUUAUUUCCCCCCCUAAAGGCAGAUUUUGCUGCCUCUAUAAUAACUUGUUUCAGGAAGUGCGGCAUCUUCCCCUUCAACCCCGCCACAGUGGACACCACCCGCCUCCUCCCACUGACAUCACCUCCAGGUCCCACCAGAGCCCCGGAGGACGCCGCUGGACCAUCUGAGGCCACCACAUCUACCCUUGCAGCCACGCCAGGAAUCUGGAAUCAGCGGGUAAUAUAA